CAAUCGGCGGUGAGGAGCAGGUGAGGAGAGGCAGGUGCCAUGGUUCUCCGCUUGCUUUGUUCGGAAUGAUUCGGGCCAAGUCGGAAUCGUGGCGGUUGGUAAAACAGUGGGCAAGCAGCAGCGUCUUCACUUCAUCCCGUCCUAUCCCGUCUCUGAGAUCGCUUCCAGGGUAUCAAAUGACACAUCUCUUAAGGUGUUACAUCUUCUGCGAGGUGCCAUUAUUUUUGGCUUCAGAAAUGUUGAAUAGGACUCCUCAUGGAGAUGUCCUCUUCGAAUGGUAGGAGAAGAUUUGUUCACUGCAAUUACGAUUCCUGGAUGUAGAGGAAAUAUUAAAUUUGUCCUGGCAGAAACUAGUUCAAGAAAAUGUGCUGGCCAGAAGUGUGUGUUAUUGGUUGAGAACACUAAUGAAAUUUAGCAAACAAAUAGACAGAAUCCGGAACAUAUCACAUUAUUGAACUAUAUUAAAAAUAUAUUGAAACACUGGUAUUUACAUUUUUGGGCGUGGUUUAAAAAUUAAGGAGGUACUCUUGAUAUAGCUUCUCCUCAAUUCAGUUAUUAGUUUAACUGUACUGUACUUUCCUGGUUUAUAAUUGAAACAAAAGUAAUGGGAUUUAAAUAUACUUAAAUAUUGUUCGGUGUUAAGUAUUUCGUAGGUGGUUAUUAACUUCAUUCUGAAAUGUUCUAAGCACGAUUCAUUAGAUAACUCCGUGGUUUUAAAAAUGUACAGUAAACGGCAAGAAAUAAAUUAUUCAUUAUAGAAUCCUGAAAAAUUGCCAGCGAUGUUUAAUGUACCAUUAUUUAUCCUGGCAUUAGUCAGGUAUUGGUUAACUUACGGAUUCAAUUUAUUCUAGUUGUGAAUGGAUUGCUUGGAACUAUAUAAAUGGUAAAUUAUAAAUACGGUGUCAAUGUAUUUGAGUGCGUGAUUAUCUUUAUCAUCCUUUUACCAUGUUUCUCAAUAAAAAUUAAACAAGAAUGUUUCA